AUGGCGGUCAUACUAUCAGUCAACGCCGGCUCAUCAUCGGUCAAGGUCUCAGUAUACGAGGUAGCAGCGUCUGGGCAGCCUCCGAAGCCCAUCGCCGAGGUCCAAAUCAGCGGACUGACGGCACCUCCCACCAAACUCACGUUUAAAAAAAGCAAUGACAGCGACGGGAAAGACGAAAAGUUACAGGAUGGCCAUGAGGUCAAGGAUGUCGACUCGCAAAUAGCUGCGUUUGAGCACAUCUUGGGCGUGCUGUUCGACUCUCACGACCUGCCGCAACUGGGCCAAAGGUCAGACAUUGACUUUAUCGCGCACAGAAUCGUUCACGGCGGCGACGCAUCACGCAUCGAAAAGGUAGGGAGGAAGACGCUGGAACGACUGGACGCGCUCAGCGAGCUCGCGCCGCUCCACAACAAACCAUCGCUGGGCAUCGUCAAGGCAUGCCUGGACAUGGACGGGCUGGACGACGCCGUCAACAUGGCCUGCUUCGACACGCAGUUUCACGCCUCCAUCCCGCGCCACAUCCACACUUACCCCAUCGACCAGGCACGGGCGCGAAAGAACGGGCUGCGCAAGUACGGGUUCCAUGGCAUCAGCUACUCGUUCAUCACGCGGGCGGCGGCGGAGCACCUGGGAAAACCCGUCGAGGAGACGAGCCUGAUUGCGCUGCACCUCGGGUCCGGUGCCAGCGCGUGCGCGAUACAGAAGGGGAGGAGCCGUGACACAAGCAUGGGCCUCACGCCCGUGGCUGGCCUGCCCGGCGCGACGAGAAGUGGUAGCGUCGACCCGAGCCUCGUAUUCCACUACGCCAGCGACGUGGGCAGGCUGUCGCCUAAUUCGACACGCGAUCUGCACAUCUCACGCGCUGAGGAGAUACUCAACAAGGAAUCCGGGUGGAAGGCGCUGGCGGGCACGACGGACUUUGGAGAGAUCGCCGCCGCUGCUGAGGGUGACUCUGGCCGGGACAGCCUUGCGUUUGACCUCUUUGUCGAUCGCGUCUGCGGCUUCGUAGGGCAGUACUACGUCAGCUUGGGCGGCGAGGUCGACGCGCUAGUCUUUGCGGGAGGCAUUGGCGAGAAGAGCGCGCUGCUGAGGAAGAGAGUGGUGGAGCAGUGUCGAUGCCUAGGAUUUCGCCUCGCCACAGAUGGCGGCGAUGCUGCAGCCGUCGACAACGAGGGGAUCGUGAUUGAAGUCGGGGACAAGGACGCAAAGCACCGGGUCCUUGUUUGUCGGACGGACGAGCAGUUCGAGAUGGCGCGGAUGUGUGCCGAGGAUGAGGAAUUAUGGGGCGAAUCAUAA